UCCGAGGGGAGCCCGCCGGCCCGUCGCAUCGAACCAUAGAGUCCCAGCCCCGAGCCGGCCGCCUUCCCUUGAAUCCGAGGGGGCCCGCCCGCCCGCACCCCCACUUCGCGCGGGGUGCGGAGCGGGCCGGGGGAGGGGGGCUGCCCGUCGCGGAACUGCAGCUGGAGCGCCGCUGCCCGACUGAGGGGGAAAAGGAACGGCUCGAAGGCGGCGGCGGCGGCGGCGGCGGCGCCGCGUCCUCUUUCUCGUCCCAAAGCCGCAGGAGCGCGAUAGGGAGUCGGGGCCGCGUUUCUUCCUCGCCGCCGCCGCCGCUACUCUCGGGAUCUUGCUUGUCGCGGGGAGACGCGCCAGUGGCGGAGCCUGCAGGAGGACCGUCCUCGCUCCAGCGUUCCGUCUCGGCCGCUGCUGCAGGGCCUUCCCGGGAGUCGCCGCUGGAUCGAUCGGGCGCAGGCCCUGUCCACGGUGCCAGCCUCUCCGCGCCGUCCUUGCCCGGCAGCCGCUUGGUCAGCAGCCGUCGGUCGUACCGGCGGCGGGGACUGUUCGGGGAGCAGCCUCCCCCGCCGAGGUUUCGAGCCAUCUGCGCCCUGCAGCCGCCGCCGUGCCUCUCCGCGCUGUUUCUGAGCGGCUCCCGGCUCCCAGACAUGACCGCCAUCAUCAAAGAAAUUGUCAGCAGGAACAAAAGGCGAUACCAGGAGGAUGGCUUCGAUUUAGAUCUGACUUAUAUUUAUCCAAAUAUCAUUGCAAUGGGUUUUCCGGCAGAACGACUUGAAGGCGUGUACAGAAACAAUAUUGACGACGUUGUGAGGUUUCUGGAUUCAAAACAUAAAAACCAUUACAAGAUAUACAAUCUAUGUGCUGAAAGACAUUAUGACACCGCCAAAUUUAACUGCAGAGUUGCACAGUACCCUUUUGAAGACCACAACCCACCACAGCUAGAGCUCAUCAAACCUUUUUGUGAAGAUCUUGAUCGAUGGCUUAGUGAAGAUGGCAAUCAUGUUGCAGCAAUCCACUGUAAAGCUGGAAAGGGACGAACUGGUGUAAUGAUUUGUGCUUAUUUGUUACAUCGUGGAAGGUUUCAGAAAGCACAAGAAGCCCUAGAUUUUUAUGGGGAAGUAAGGACCAGAGAUAAAAAGGGAGUAACUAUUCCCAGUCAGAGGCGCUAUGUAUAUUAUUAUAGCUACCUGUUAAAGAAUCAUCUGGAUUACAGACCAGUAGCACUGCUGUUUCAUAAAAUGAUGUUUGAAACAAUUCCAAUGUUCAGUGGCGGCACUUGCAAUCCUCACUUUGUAGUCUACCAGCUUAAGGUAAAGAUAUUCACCUCCUCUUCAGGACCUACAAGACGUGAAGACAAAUAUAUGUACUUUGAAUUCCCUCAGCCGUUGCCAGUAUGUGGUGAUAUCAAGGUGGAAUUCUUCCAUAAGCAAAACAAGAUGUUGAAAAAGGACAAAAUGUUUCAUUUCUGGGUCAAUACAUUCUUCAUACCAGGACUGGAAGAAAACUCUGACAAAGUAGAAAAUGGAAGUCUUCUUGGAGAUCAGGAACUUGAUGGCAUUUUGAGUACAGAGCGUUCAGAUAAUGACAAGGAAUAUUUAAUCCUUACACUAACAAAAAAUGAUUUGGACAAGGCAAAUAAGGACAAAGCAAAUCGAUAUUUUUCUCCAAAUUUUAGAGUGAAGCUAUUUUUCACAAAAACAGUAGAAGAGCCAUCAAACCCAGAAGCUAGCAGCUCAACUUCAGUAACACCGGAUGUUAGUGAUAAUGAACCUGAUCACUAUAGAUAUUCUGACACCACUGACUCUGAUCCAGAGAACGAACCUUUUGAUGAAGAUCAGCAUACGCAGAUUACUAAAGUCUGAUUUUUUUUUUUUUAUUUGGGAAAAAAUACCACAAUGAAGAAAACUUGAAUAAACUGAAUUAUGGACCUUUUAAAAUGGCAAUAGGACACUGUGUCAGAAUUAUCUGUUGUAGGAACAGUUCUUUACCUGACCAAUCUCAUUUUGCCCUAUUAAGCCUUUGGCUUGACACUUCUCCCAUUGAAAAAAGAAAAAAAAGGUUACGUAGCUAUGUUAUGUAUAUACCUUUUGGUGUCAAGAGGACAUUGAAAUUUCAAUUAGGAAUACACAAAAAUGGCACUUUCCUAUUUGAUUCCAGUUUUAUAAAAGUGGAGACAGAUCUGAUGUGUAUACGUAGGAAUCUUCCUUUUGUGUUCUGUCACCAACUGAAGUUCCUGUAAAGCUCUUUCUAAUACACAAGUUCACAUCCUGCCCCUUUCUUUGCACUUUUGUGGCAACAGAUAAGUCUGCAGUUGGCUCAGAGAAGUUACUGGGUUUUACUACAUUCAAAUGCAUGUACCAUGGAUAGGAGUGUGGAAGGAGAAGCUGAGAAAGGAAUGUUCUGUGCUGAACCCUGGACUGUGUACCAUUUCUAGCUUACAUGCACCUCUUUCGCAUGCUACAGUAAUAAAUCCUGGACAUAUGAGGAAUUGCCGCUGUCACUGCUUGUUUGUGCAUUUUAUUUUAUUUUUUUAAGCAUAAUGGUGCUAGAAAAGGCAGCUGGAGGGGAACAGGAAUGAACCUUCAAUGGCAUCGUAAAAAUAAAUGAAGGGUUAAAAAUAUGGUUUUACAUGAAACAAACUAGAUUUUCAGCUUGUACACUUGACAGUUAAAAGGGAUGAAGGUGUGCAUACAGGCUCCACCCCACAUCCCUGCACAUUUAGCUGCCCUGCAGAAUUUCACAUACACCUGUAGUCACUAAGAUAUGUAGGGAGUUGUAAGUGCUGCAAUGAAUGUAGUUUACUGUUCAUUGUUUGGAAAGCUUGAUAAGGCUGGGAGUCCUUGAGUUGCAGGUGUCUCCAGGUGAACACAACACCUGCAAAUCUUCCUGCUGUAGACAUGGGAAUGUUAGGGGUGAUGCUUACCUGUGUACCCUCACCCUUGGGAUAAUUUGAGUGCAUAUGUUUGCAUGUUAACAGUCUAAUUGCCUGCAGAGGGCAACAAUAACAAUCAUACCAAUGUGAUGGUUAUCUAGCAGAGAUGGGCUUACAAAAUUGUUUUGUGUGUUAUAAUUGCCAUUCCCAAGCUUUGGAUGAUAAAUGUCAGAGCAAUAUUAUGUCUAAAAAACCAACAACAAGACCCCCCCCCUUUUGUCUUUCAAAACAUGGAAUUGCCAUUUUGACGUUUUGUGUAAAAACUUGCUUGUUUAUUGGUUAACAUAUUAUUAAUUAUCCCACUCGAGUAAACAAAUUUGAAAUCCAUUGUGCCAGUCCGUAGCAUUAAUAACAAGAUUGUAGUGGCAACUAGUCAAGGCAAAACUCAGGCUGAAUCCUGGACAAAGGAGCAAACGUGCUCCUUCAACAUUCAUUGGUGAAUUUUGUUAUCUUUCCUAAUCCUGUGUGUAGUUCUGUGCCUAUAAUUUUAUACUGAUUUUAGUAGAGCUUGCAUGUAGCUGCACAAAAUCAUAGCUUUCAUCCAUUAUGUAAACUUUAAAACGCUAAUGUUCAGGCUUCGUAAGUUGAUCCAGUUCUGCAAUACAGAAGAUGGAGAUUUGAUUGGCAAGGGGCAACUUCAGAAUUACCUCUGGCUUUUGUCCAGUGAACUGCGUUGAACUUGGCUUUCAUACAACACUUUUGCCAGCAACAUUAGCUACCUAAAAAAGUAGUGCUUUAAGAAUAUUUGGAUGUUGACAGUGUUCAGUGUCUUGUAUAGGAGCUCCAGAUUGGAAAUUGUUGAAUGGCUUUUUGCACUGUUGUUUUUCCUUUCGAGUGUGAAGGUCUGAGUAAGGGUUUUGGAUUUUGAAUGUGUCAGUAGUUCUGAGAAGCCUUGUUUUAUGGUAUAGUCAUUGGAAAGGAAAAUGUCAUUAUUUAUAUAUACAUAUAUAUGUAUGUAUGUAUAACAUAUAUAUUAUGCAUACUCUCCUAUAGUUAAUUUCAGCUACCAUCCCAUAGAACAUGGCAAGAAUUCCUGUGACUGAAAGGUUUGAGUCCUAAUUCAAACUUUAUUUAUACCUAAUCAUCAUUGGCGUGAAAAUGCAUUCUCCUUUGGUAAUUUCUUAAGUUUCUGGACUGUGUGCUUAAAUUUUCAGAUGUACAGUAGCUUACAUGUCUAAAAUUAUUUGAAGGCAUUUUGACAGGAGCUUACUGUUAGGCCCUGUGCCAUCCCUCCUCAUCUGUAUUCUAACUUCCAAUAGUUUGUCACAAUAGUUAAAUUAGCACCAAGGGUUUUUGCUGUGGCAUGGUUGCAAACUGAAGGGUCGUUUAUAUGCAGCACCAAUUUCUUUCAGCUUUAGGGAAGGAAUAAAGGAAGGAGUAAGUUUUAGGGUGCCAGUGUACAGUUCCAUGUUUAAAUUCUAGCAACGUGCAAUAUGUUAACGAUGCCUGUGGUUGCCACAAAGUGCCUCGUUUACCUUUUUUAAAAUACUGUUCAGAUGUGUCAUGCAUGCAGAUGGAAGGGGUGGAACUGCGCACUAAAACGGAGGCUUUAAUUGCAGUGCUUGAGUAGAGCUGCCUCUUUACUCUGCCAGUUCAAAAUUCUCAGUCUGUUUUCAUAUAGAACACACACACACACACACACACACACACACACACACACACACACACACAUUAAAAAAGUCUAUUUAAGCAGCCUUAUUCUGAUUCAGCCUCUUCAGAUACUAUUGUGCUGUGCAACAGUGGCUCUGUGUGUAAUGCUAUGCACACGACAAGAAAAUGACAUGUACAGGUUAAUGUCUCAUAUGAAUCAGAUGUCCGUUUGUUAUUGUGUUAACAGCCCUUUAUCUUAGUGUUAAAACUCCACUUAAAACUGAUUAAAGUUUCAUUCUUGUCACUGUGUUGGGUGUAUUAAGUCACUUUUGUGAGAUGGGCGGCCAUAUAAAUUGUUUAAAUAUAUAAAUAAAAAAUAAAAUAAAUAUAUGGAAGUAUAUUGAAUAAAA